AUGCCACUGGGUGUAUCUCCAACCGGACAGCAAACGUUAGCACAUCCCGAUGGAGAAUGUGCAAAUGCCAAAGCCGUUGAAGCUGCAAAAACUAUUUUCAUACUUUCAAGUUUUUCUGAUACCAGUAUUGAAGACGUUGCAAGAGCUACACCGCAAGCAAUGAAGUGGCUCCAAAUGUCAGUGCAGAAAGAUCGGGAUUGUACUCUACAUUGCAUAAGAAAAGCAGAGAAAGCGGGAUUCAAAGCGAUAGUCAUGACGGUUGAUUAUCCUAUAAUUCCUAAAUACAAAGUUGACAACUCCAGAGCUGCUGCAAAACAGAAGAAUGCAAUUUUUGGCGAUUAUAUACGCUUUAAAAAUUUUGAUGAAAAUUUGGACGAUUUAGAGCAUAUACUGAAACUGAUCGAUGAUUCCUUGACGUGGGAAGUAAUUGACUGGAUAAAAAGCGUGACAAAACUUCCGAUUAUUCUGAAAGGCAUAAUGACAUCAGAAGACGCUUUAUUAGCAGCGAAACAUGGAGCAAGUGCGAUUCUCGUUUCUAAUCAUGGUGCACGACAACUUGACGGAUUACCUGCGACGAUAGAAGUUCUUCCAGAAAUUGUAAAAGCCGUUGGAAACAAAUUGGAAGUGUAUCUGGAUGGUGGAGUUAGGCAAGGAAUAGAUGUUUUUGUAGGAAGGCCUAUGCUGUGGGGCUUAGCUUGCGGAGGCGAAAAAGGUGCUCGGGCUGUUCUUGAAAUAAUGCGUCAGGAAAUCAUUGAAACUUUGGCUUUGACAGGCUGCCAUAACGUACAACAAGUUACAAAAGAUCUUGUGGUGCACGAGUCCUAUUACAGCCAUCUCUAA